GACUGAUGUCUUGUGUGUGUGUGUGUGUACUGUGGACUUGUCAGGGGCGUACGUAAAAAAAAACUAGGGAAAAGGAAAUUGAAUUAACAAAGAACAUUUCUGUCUUUGUGUUUUCUACGCUGUAAAAUUUAACGACUCUUUCAUUGCUAGUGUUGUGUGUGAAUCAGUGAUAAGAAAUGUCUGGACACAAAUACAUCGGUAAUACUAACAACUUGUUCGAAGAUGACGACGUCGACGACGAAACUUUUGUUAACAGUUACCGUCCAAGGAUCCCAGCUUCUCAACCUAAACCAGCUCCAACAUCGUAUGGCGGGGGCCACAUAGCAGAACUAGAACGACAAAGACAAGCUAUGAUGGAGAGGCAACGCGAGAUUGAACAACGUACUCUAGAUUCCUCGUCUCGCAGUGUAGGCCUCUUGCGUGAAUCAGAGCAAAUUGGGAUAGCGACAGCAGAGGAACUCGCCCGUCAGCGCGAGCAACUUCAAACCACCAACAAACGACUCGACGAGAUUAACACGAACCUCACAUACAGUCAGAAACACCUAAAUGGUAUUAAAUCUGUAUUCUAUGGCCUAAAGAACUACAUUUCCGGUAAAUCGGACUCGACUCCUCCCCGAAGUCAAGCCUCUCCUGAUGCGAGGGUCUCUGAAACAAGAGGCUCUUCAAUAAGUGGUCUAGAGAGCACUCUAAAUAAUUUAUCUAGUACUAUAACUAGUGAAGAUAGGUUCAAUGCACACCCGUCAGCUCGACUGCGUGGCUUGGACGAAGGUAGCUCCUCUGCUGGGCAAGUGACUGAUAGUAAACGGAUCAACGAUAUGUUGGAUGCUAACUUAGAUGAAAUGCUCCACUCCAUAUCCAGGCUCAAAGGCCUCGGUGUUGCCCUCGGUGAUGAAAUUGAACAGCAGAAUGAGCUUAUAGACACUAUCCAAGACAAAGUAGAGGGAGCAGAUAUAAAAAUUGGAAGUCAAAACAAACAGAUGAAUAAACUGCUUGGAAAAUAGCUAAGAAUAUAUUUUAUGUAUUGUGCAUAAACAUAUAGGGUGUCAGAAUAGCAACAUGUUGGUUUAUUGUGUGGUUGUUUGCUUGUUAAGACAUUCCCAAGCAAUAUUUUAUAACAUUUUCUAUAAUAAUUGUAUAAUAUGUAUUGAAAAUAUUUUUAUUUUAGAGAAAAUUUAUUUUCUGGCUAUGUUUAGUUUACAAGUUAUUUUGGUGGUUUUGUUAUACUGUUAGUUUUUAAGAAAUAUAAAUUUAAUUGUUCUAAACUGUAUUGUAAUGAAAUUUAGUUCUACUCAAGCACCUUAAUAACUAUGUUUUAAAAGUACAUACUCAUCAUUAUUGCAUGCAUAGUAUCCCUUCAACAUAAUAUUCUUUACAUAUUUUAGUAUUAAAUGUAUAAAAGAAA